CCCACCACCCCAAUCAUUCCCAAAUCUGCACUAGAAAUCCCACGAUAUGAUUCUCGAUCAGUCGAAGCACAUACUGCCACUAUUAUCAAAUGGCGAUGAAGGCAAAUUGGGGGUUCCAGCCAGCUGCAGCACCAUGCCUCGAUAUUUCGGUCAGACCUUGUCUUUUCGCUCCUGGUUCUCGGCAGGCCCCGAUGUACUAUGUUGUGAAAGCGUACCCUUGGAAAGCAUCCAUUUACGUCUACAAAUUACACCGUUACAGCUAUACUACCAUAAUUAUAGUUCUUUCUUCGAUAAAUCUUUGGGUUAGAUCACCUCUCAGCGGCGCAUGUUGGGUCUCAGGCAGCAAAAGCGGCGGUUGGCGACUUUACGGGGUGAUUUCGGUGGCUCUUUUGACUUCAUUACGCUCUCCCUUCCCCUCGCACUGCACCAUUUCUUCUUUGAGUCGGCUUGAUCGGAGGCAAGUUUCGCCGUCCGACCUCAAAUUCAGCGCGCUAGCACCUUUUCAGAUAUCUCUGGCAUUUUGGCCUUGGGUUGCGUCACCGCUGCUUGGUGUCACAAUCUAUCUGUCCAUUUCCUUUUAAAACAGCAAGCCCUAGUCUCAACAAUUCAGACUUAUUUGGGAUGGUCCCUCUGUUUUUGUGUCUGCUCUUUUUGUCGUUGCUCCCUUCUCAAUUUGCGAUCCUUCUGUCGAAUGUGGAAGCCCUCCUCAACGUCCUUCCAACCCCGCAUCCAUGCUGUGAUGCCUUCAAAAAGUGCUUCUCCGUCGUCAUCAAUGGGCUCCUCUUUGGCACACUUUGU